AUUACAUUGGAUGUUGACCGUCACAUCAAAAGAUGGAAGUUUUGUGGGGACGGGGGACUCUCUAAUUUUUCACAUAUUUUUCCGAAACGUGUGGCAAUGUUGACAGAAGAAACUCUAACGAGAAAAAGGAAAAGAAUUUAGAGAGAGAGAGAAAGAAAAGUUUUUGGAGGAGUGGGUAGGGAGGGAGCUUGUUGUUCUGAGAAAAACACUCGGUUUUUGGUUUGGUUUGGUUUUGUUUGGUCUGUAUUUCUGUAGCAUUUUCACCUUUUUGUCUAUAAGAGAGUUAUAUCUUUGAUGUUUGUUUCUAUUCUAACCAAUACCUUCACGGUCUGCAGAGAUGCAGCUGGCAUCGCCGGGAACAUCUUUGCUUUUGGGCUGUUUGUGUCACCCAUACCCACAUUUAGGAGAAUUAUCAGAAACCAGUCAACAGAGCAGUUUUCGGGAUUGCCUUAUGUAUAUGCCCUCUUGAACUGCAUGAUAUGCACGUGGUAUGGCACGCCCUUAAUAUCUCACAACAAUGUACCAGUUAUGACCGUCAAUUCAAUUGGUGCAGUUUUUCAGAUAGCCUACAUUAUCCUCUUCAUUGUAUAUGCUGAUAAAGAGAAAAAGAUGAGGAUGCUUGGAUUGCUACUGGGAGUUUUUGGCCUCCUUGCAAUCAUAGUUGCUGGGAGCAUGCAAAUAGUUGAUAGAGAAGCACGGUGGAUCUUUGUUGGGUUAUUGAGUUGUGGUUCUCUCAUAUCAAUGUUUGCUUCCCCAUUGUUUAUAAUUAAUUUAGUAAUUCAAACAAAGAGUGUUGAAUACAUGCCAUUUUAUCUCUCCCUCUCUACAUUCUUGAUGAGCACCUCGUUCUUCCUAUAUGGCAUCUUUAACUUUGAUGCCUUUAUUUAUGUUCCAAAUGGAAUAGGAACUAUCUUGGGGAUUGUACAACUGGCGUUGUACUUCUAUUAUAAAAGAAAAUCUGUGGAAGAUUCCAGAGAACCGCUCAUAGUGUCACAUGCGUAACUGUUGCUUUCUCUACGAAAGGUAAUUGCUUAUGUGUUUUGUUUCUAUGCUGAGAGGAUUUUUCGAUGAUGUGCAGGCAGAAAGUUUUGAUGCUGAGGGUGUAUAGUGAUGGAAAUGCUGAUGUAUUAUUUUAUUCGGUUUAUUGUUUGAAAAAUGUUCCAAUUCUUUCUCUAAAUAAAGGGUGUUGACACUUUCAUUAGUAACAGACGGGUCAUCAAGGCUUGUCUGCUUACGCCAAUGAACUAAAAAGUGAUUGCAGUUUGAGAUUGACUGGACUAGAGAUUGCUA